AUGGCACGCGAAGAACCUCUUCUCGCGCGACCAGCGUCUCCAAACUCAUCCACAAACGACAUCGAAGAGGAAGACGCCCUCCUCACAGGCCAACCAACCCAUCGAGAACCCGCAAAGAGACCCCAGAAAUGGCGAGAAAUUGGUCUUUUCGUCUGGGCCCUGCUCGCGACCGUCGCUGUUAUCAUCCUGGCAGUCAUCUACCAACAUGAGUCCUCCAUAGGCCGCACGAGGCCGCGGACUGGAGGCUGGGGACCAGACGGGAAACCUUCAGGCAAAAGAAACAUGAUCUUUAUGGUAUCAGAUGGCAUGGGACCUACAUCCCUAUCCAUGACAAGGAGCUGGAGACAAUACUCGAGCGGAUUGUCAUACGACGACGUCCUCAUCCUUGACAAGCAUCAUAUCGGCAACUCGAGGACUCGGAGUUCGAGCAGCCUGGUCACUGACUCGGCUGCCGGCGCAACUGCCUUUUCAUGCGGCUUCAAGAGCUAUAAUGGCGCCAUAUCGGUGUUGCCAGAUCACACUCCCUGCGGUACUGUUCUAGAAGCCGCCAAAAAAGCAGGCUACAUGACCGGACUGGUGGUCACCACUAGACUCACCGAUGCGACUCCUGCUUGCUUUGCAGCCCAUGCCAAUCGAAGGGAAUACGAAGAUUUGAUCGCAGAGCAAAUGGUUGGCCACUAUCCUCUCGGCCGUGUUGUUGAUCUCAUGAUCGGAGGCGGAAGAUGCCAUUUCGUCCCCAACACAACCGAGGAUUCAUGCAGAGCAGAUGACAAGGACAUCGUCGCCAUGGCCAAGGACAAAUACGGCUUUACCUAUGUGGACAAUCGCAAAGACUUCGAUGAUCUGGACCCUAACGGCGUCAAGCUCCCGCUUCUUGCCCUCGUUGCUCGAACCGACAUCCCUUAUGAGAUUGACCGAGUUCACGUUUCGGAUGUAUACCCAUCCCAGGCUGAAAUGGCGCGCUUUGCAUUGAAAGCUCUCUCGGCAGCGACGAAGGAUUCUGACCAGGGCUUCUUCUUGAUGAUCGAAGGCUCUCGAAUCGACCACGCCGGCCACGCGAACGAUCCUGGUGCCCAAGUUCGCGAAGUUAUGGCUCACGACAGAGCCUUUGGUGAAGUUCUGGACUUCUUGGAGAAAGACGACACCGAAGGCGUGUUGGUAUCGACAUCUGACCACGAAACCGGCGGAUUGGCAGCAGCAAGGCAAUUGCACGAAGCAUACCCGAUCUACCGAUGGUUCCCUGCGGUGUUGGACAACGCAACGCAUUCGACAGAAUACCUCGCCGCCGAAUGGUCACAAUACCUCUCCUCAUCUGGAACAGCCGCUUCACGAAAGGACCAGUCCUCCAGACUUCGCGAGCUAAUCACCUCAGGACUCGGGAUAACCGACACCACGGACGAAGAGAUCGAAGCUAUCAUCGAUGCCACUCCCACGUGGCCACCUUUUUACCUUUUCUCCGAUAUGAUCUCCCGACGCGCGCAGAUCGGUUGGUCCACGCACGGACACUCGGCCGUCGAUGUGAAUAUCUACGCUUCCCACCCUUCCCACGCUCCGCAAUUGGUCGGUAACCACGAGAAUAUCGAGGUCGGGCAGUUCAUUGCCGAGUAUUUAGAUCUAAACCUGGAAGUGGUAACCAAGGAAUUGAAGUCGAAGAAAGUCAAGACAGAGAGUGACGACGGGGCCCGCGAAUGGGGUGAGUGGAUGGGCCCGGAAGGACUUCCGGUCAACGAAGAUGGCAGUCUCGUGGCAUUAGACGCAUACCAUGGCGAUUUCAAGCAUCGGAAACGCGAACUUGAAGAAUGUGGAUGUGGAAUGAAGCAUUAG